CUCGAAUCAUUAGAUUUUGGCUACAGCGCACCCUCAUCCUUUAACACGAGCCCUGCCCAGCAAUGGUGGGGUCCCUCAACGCCUCUUUCUCAUAGUUAUGCAUCCUCUAGCGACCUCAUGACGAGCAAAGGAGAAGAGCAUUCGGACAUUGCUUCUCUCACGCAGGCGUCCUUUUCAACGGGCACAGAAGACCUCGCGACUCAGGGCUUGUUGAUCCAAUGCGAUCCUUCCUCUGAUGCAUCGGGCGACUUUCUCGGUCAGGGCAUGUCGAUGGGUGCCACAUACUAUGUGACAACCUCACCACCGCCUGCGCCAGUUGUCGUUGCUAGUUCGGGAAGUCGCACGCCGCAGACUCAGCAGCGAUCACCUCGAACGCCAGCGCUGUCACCAUCCGCACCAGCCCGCGUUCGCAAAAACCCGCGUCAACCGAAACGCAAGCAGAACGCUCCAACCCCGACUCCUCCAAUGCCUUCAACUGGAUUCGUCAACUUUACCCCAAGCGACAGCAGGAAGAUACUGACGGGCGUCGCUCCCUCUGGUAGCUCCAAGACCAAAGCGCGCCGGGCAAAGGAAGCAGAGGCUCGCCGGCGACACCUCAGCGAGGCGGCGAUCCGUGCGGUAGAACAAGCCGGCGGAAACCUUGAGCUUCUUCAGAAUUUCGUCGAGUGCCUCGACGAAUAAAGCUCCCAAGUCGCAGCUUACAUUGCGCAAUUGUUCUGGGCGCUUUUUAAACAUUAAUAUUACCUUUUUUUUUUCUCUCUUCUUUUAUCGUUCGAUUCCCCGACUGAAAGUCAUAAUGCGCACUACUUUUGGUUUAUCAAGGCAUAUUUAUUUUUGCUCUGCUCAUUGCGUUUUGAUGUGUUCCAUUCAGCCUCGUUUACAGUCUCUACAUUUCUUCAUGUUUUUCGCCUAAGCAAGGGCGUUACAGUA